AGGCGGUGUUCCACAAGACCACACACUAUCAAGCUGGCGAUCAACUCAAUCCAAUCCACCGCUGAGGCAUAUGAAAUUGAAGUGGAUCUUGCAACAGAUUUCUUGCAUGGGGUUGAUCAACCGACGCCUCUAGUGAAGUUGGAGUGGGUGGAAUUGACAUCCCGCCGGGGAUCAUGUGCCAUCCAACAGCAUGCCAUAUAUCACCCCGCCUUCUACCCGCAACCCGUCCCGUCCCUGUCAAACUCGCUCUGCAGCUAACCAUGCCUCCUCCUCGUCACUAUAGCCUCUCCCCCUGCCUCUGCAUACCUCAGGGGUGACAAGCAGCCUGCUCCCGAGCUCGUCCACGUCGGCCCGAACGCAGCCAGGAGCGAAGACACUGAGCCAUCCCGAUCAUGUUGGCUUCCAGUCGGCUCCGAAUCGGGGCAACCAUACGCCCAGCGGCCGAAAACAGUCGCUCGCACUCAGCAGACAUCGGUGGGAUCGAUAUGAAAUCCAGUGCCAUCACAGAUAGCCUCGGGAACUGCUUGCGCCUGGAGUGCCAGUAUUCAUACGGAUCACUUACCUCGCUGUCAACCUCUGAAGCGCUCAGCAGCCAGCAUUCGUACUCGUCUCCCAACGAGCUGGUUGACGGCGAUGUAAAGGCUAUCCGGCGCUUAUCUUCCUUGAACCUGCUGAACUUGUUGUGGAACGUUUUUCUCCUCUUCGCAACGGGUUCACCGCUCGUAUGGGCAAUCUCAAGCUUCGAGUAGCUAUCUUCCCACACCUGCUUAACAAUCUCCUUCGCCUUUCGAACCCAUUCGGGUCGAGUAUCCCGCUCGCGCUCGAUCACCUUCCAGCCAAACGCCGGGUGGAAGGCCAGGGCGGCGUACUACAUCGGGGUAUC